UAUAGCCCAGGACAUCUUUAGCCGCCUGAACGAUCGAGGCUUCCUGUCGGCCGCCGUCACGGAGCAGCUGAAGUGUGAGCGCUGCGACCGCUUCCGCCGCCCCCUGGCCGACCGCUUUGUGGAGGGAACCUGCCCCCUGUGUGGCUACGUUGGGGCCCGCGGUGACCAGUGUGACCUCUGUGGUCGCCUCAUCACUGCCGUCGAACUCAAGAGCCCCCAGUGUAAGAUCUGCAGAGACACGCCUGUGGUGCGGAGCUCCAGACAUCUGUUCCUGGACCUGCCUCAGUUGGAGCCUCGGCUGGAGCAGUGGCUGCAGCGGUCAGUGGGGGCCGGAGACUGGACGGCCAACGCCCGGCUGAUCACCCGCUCCUGGAUCCGGGACGGGCUGAAGCCGCGAUGCAUCACCCGCGACCUGCUGUGGGGGACGCCCGUGCCCUUGGAGGGGUUCACGGACAAGGUGUUCUAUGUUUGGUUUGACGCUCCGAUCGGCUACAUCUCCAUCACUGCCAACUACACCGAGCAUUGGGAGCGCUGGUGGAAGAACCCAGAGGAGGUGGAACUGUAUAACUUCAUGGCCAAAGACAAUGUACCGUUCCACAGUGUGGUUUUCCCUUGUUCGCUUCUGGGAGCCGAGGAUAACUACACCCUUGUCAACAACCUCAUCGCCACAGAGUACCUGAACUACGAGGACGGCAAGUUCUCCAAGAGCCGGGGUGUGGGGGUGUUCGGGGACAUGGCACGGGAGACGGGGAUCGCAGCCGACGUCUGGCGCUUCUACCUCCUCUACGUCCGCCCGGAAUCCCAGGACAGCACUUUCUCAUGGAGCGACUUCAUGCUGAAGAACAACAGCGAACUGCUCAACAACCUGGGCAACUUCAUCAACAGGGCGGGCAUGUUCGUGGGGAGGUUUUUCGAAGGGAAGGUUCCGGAGAUGAAUCUGACCCUGGAGGACAAGAGGCUGCUGGCCCAGGUCACCUGGCAGCUACAACAGUACCAUGCGUACCUGGAGAAAGUGCGGAUUCGCGAUGCCCUGCGCUGCAUCCUCAGUAUAUCUCGCUACGGGAACCAGUACAUUCAGAUCAACGAGCCCUGGAGACUGAUCAAGGGCGGCGCUGCGGACAAGCAGCGAGCAGGUACAGUGACGGGUGUCAGCAUCAACGUGGCCUGCCUGCUCUCUGUGCUGGUGCAGCCCUACAUGCCGGCCACCAGCGCCACCAUCCAGCGGCAACUCCGAGCCCCCAGAGAGUGCAACGUACUGCCCGACAUGUUCGUCUGCUUCCUGCCGCCCGGCCACCUCGUGGGAAACAUCACCCCGCUGUUCCAGAAAUUAGACACACAACGGAUGGAUGAACUGCGGACAAAAUACAGUGGUCAGAAACCUUGCCCAGCUACCACUGUGGACACUGGGGUAAAAUCAGCUUCUCAGCCCCCUCUGCAGACUAAAGCGGAAAUUGAAGAGCUGAUUAGACAGCAGGGUAAUCGAGUCCGUGAGCUGAAGACACAGCGAACGGCCAAGACGGUUUUGGCGGGCGAGAUCUCCCUGUUGCUCGAUCUGAAGAAUCGUCUCGAGUUAGUAACGGCAGGCCAGGGGUGAGAGACAGACACACACACACUCGCUCAGGGACAGGGAGAGAGACAUACACACACACAUAGACACACACUCACUCAGGGAGAGGGGAGAGAGACACACACACAUAGACGCAUGCACAUACAGAAACACACACAUAGAGACACACAAUCACCCAGGAACAGGGUGAGACACACACUGACAGACACACACACACAUACAGACACACACACACAUAUAGACGCGCACACAUACAGACACACACACCUACACAGUGACACACACACACAGACAUAUACAGAGAGAGACACACAUACAGACAGACAGUGACACACACACACACAGAAGGUAGACUAGUGCUGGAGAAACGUCUUCAGACUGAAGGGUUUCGGCUCAAAACGUUGCCUAUUUCCUUUGCUCCAUAGAUGUUGCUGCACCCGCUGAGUUUCUUCAGCAUUUCUGUCUACCUUCGAUUUUCCAGUAUCUGCAGUUCCUUCUUAAACACACACACACACACACACACACAACCCCUCACCCACCCCCACAAAAAGACACAGAGAGUCCACGAACGGCCACGCCAACAUGUAGUACAACUUCUCUACACAUCUUCCAGCCCCACAGUUGCGAAGAACGACAGCAAUUUCGUACAUGGGUGUGAACAUUUAUUUUAAUAAAUUAUGUGCAAUGUUUAGAGCAACAGAUAA